CUUAAAAUCAAUUCAUUUUCUCACUUUCUAUCUAAUAAGACCUUAGAAAGGAAAACAAGAACAUCUUAACAACUAAUUUUGUAUAUGAUCGUAAAACAAAAGUCUUUUUUUUUCAAAACAAAUUUAUGUCAAGGUAUAUUAGUCAAUAAAAUAUACCGUAAUUCCAGUUAAAGUACAUCACUUAAAUGUGAUUCAAUAACAAACACACAUACACACACAUACAAUUGAAGUAACUCUAUUGGACAGUAUCCAUACAAGAUUGAUGUUGUCCAGGUGAUUACUACUAUUAUUAUUCAAAUGAGCUAAUAUAAAUAAAACAAAUUAAGUCAAUAAUAAUAACAAUAACAAUCAUUAUAUCCUAUUUGAUAUUACACAUAAUAGAAUGUAUAUUAAUCCAGUGAAUUAUUUAGAAAAUUUCAUUCAUUCCCUUAAUGAUAAUACUGAUAAAUUUGAAUUGAAUAAAUUACUUCAAGCAUUAAAAUGUCGUCUAAAUGAUUAUCAACGAAUCUAUCAAUCGAAUCAUUCUAAUUCUAAUCUAUCUAAUCUAUGGUUAUUAAUAACCGAUUUAAAUUUAUCUAAUAUUCAAUUAAAAUACAUACCAAAUGAAAAUAUAUUUAGUAAUUUAUUAAAUUUAAAACGUUUAUGGUUACAUAAUAAUCAAAUAAUGAAUUUAAAUAAUUGUUUAAUUAAAUGUAAUAAAUUAAUAGAAUUAAGAUUAAAUUCAAAUCAAUUACAUAAUAUCUGUGGACAAUUAUAUCAAUUACAUUGUCUUGAAAUAUUAGAUUUAUCAAAUAAUCAUUUAAAUAAUAUAAUGGAAAUCAACAAAGAAUUAUCAAGAAUGCAUUUUCUACGUGAGCUUAAUUUGCUUGGAAAUCCCGCUGCUCUACAAUCGAAUUUGAAAUCUUUACUAUUAAGUUCACAUUCAACAUUGACUGUUCUGAAUAAACAUGAAAUCUUAAGAGAUCAAUUUAAGUGGAGCAAAUCAAAAACCAAUUAUUGUCCAAAGUAUAUUCAGAAACAAUCAAGCAAAAGGAAAAGAAACGUACCUAUUCAAGCAGAAGCUCAGGAAAAACUAGUCCAAUCUCCAAUGAAUCCUGACAAAGAAAUUGAAGUGUUUGAAGAAAAUUUGAAAAAAAGAUUUCAAGCUAAAACGAUUACAGAAUUUAAAUGUUUCGACUGGUCAAUGAUACCGAACAGUGAAAUGAAACGAUUAAAUUCAAGAACUACUGUGCCGAAAAAUAUUGUAGUUCAAUCACAAUUGUAAUUCAUGUGAUCCUAUAGAAAGAAAUAACAAAAUCCAUAAAUAGGAUUGAACAAAGUUUUAGUGACAUUAAUUAUGAUUAACAGAUCACUGAGUAAUUGUCAAUGCCAUAUUUAUCUGAUCU